AUGGGUAGGCAUAAGAGAUUAUUCAUCACCUCAAAUGAUAUCCCUAUUGAUAGUGAGAUUAAUGAUCAAAGUUAUGAGCUUUCUGCAACUGGAGGAGAUCAAUCAGCUGGAACAAAUUAUGGUGACAUAAGUGUUUGGGAUGUCGGAAUUCGAGAAAGGAUGGUGUAUAAACCUUUCAAAGUUUGGGAUUUAUCUUCUUGCUCAAUGUCUUUUCGGACAAUCUUGGAAGAUAAUGCAUCAGGUUGUGUUAAUCAGUGCACAUGGGACCAGAUGGAUCAAUACUUGGUAUAA